AUGAAGGGCGCACGUGCGCCGCUCACGCUCGCGGUGGUCGCCUGCGUGCUAGUUGCAUGCGCCGCAGCGGAAGAGGGCAUACAUUCACAGUAUAAAAGUCUCGCUCGUAUCGACGUGACCGAUGAGGUCGGAGAAGGCUUCGGGGGUCGGGGUGAAAAAGUAGCCGGCGGGCUGGAAACAACAUCGGAUCUGGCGAAGUACGCCGGGGCUGAUGCCGCAGGCGAUGCACCCGCGCUGCACAAGACGCACCGGCAGAAGAUCCGAAAAGAGAAGUGUGAACCCCGGAAACGUCCCGUCGAGGACCGCUGCGAGUACGUCAGGACCCACCCGGCGUGCGAGCAGGACGACAACCUCGUGCAUUACCUGAGGCUGCAUUACUGCGCGUUCGGUCCCAGUCAGAGUUUGGUUUCACACAUCACGCAGGCGAUCCUGAUUGUGCUGCUCUGCUCGGUGCUGGCGAACGUCGCGGAACAGUUUUUCUGUCCCGCGCUCGCCAACGUCGCGAGGUGGCUGCGCCUGCCGGAGGACGUGGCAGGCGCCACGCUGCUCUCGUUUGGCAACGGCGCUCCGGACGUUUUCACGCAAAUAGCGGCUCUGCACAACGCGAGCGCGCAGGGAAUAUCGCUCGGUAUUGGGGCGGCGCUCGGAGCCAGCUUCUUCGUGGCGUCUGCAGUAUUCCCCAUCGUCGCGCUCGUGGCACCCGCGGGGAAUGAGUCGAGGUUGAGACGCGCCCAUUCCCGUGGUGCUGCCGACUCUGACCUCGACGAGGAGGAGAGUUUCAGCCGAAGGACAAGCGAGGGUGAGCUCCUGAGCCAGAGCUUCGGGACCACGGGCGACGAUUAUUUCUUCCCCGCGUGGUGCCCGAGCUCAGUCGCAAGAUUGAUCGGACGGCUGCGCGAGACUAUGUCCACUGGCGGCGUUGAAAUUGACCCGCUUCCCUUUUUCAGAGACAGCGUGUUUUAUCUCGUCGCGGUUGCAUCCAUCUUUGGGACACUCCUGCGCGGUUCUGUGAGCUUUGCGCAGGCGUGCGCCAUAUGUUGCGUGUACGUCAUGUACUUGAUGGCGGUCUUGCUUCCCCGGAGGAUCGCGGCAGCGCUCAAUAAGUGGAAUGGAAGUGCAGAUGGAAUGGAGACUCCAAACGAGGGAUACGUAACGCCACCGGAGGAACCCUCGGAGAGGCGAGCAACGACCGAGCUCCUGGAUGACGUCGACGGAUACACCGACUCCAGAGGCGAACCGGACAGCUUUGAUGAAACCGUGUCCGAUGCGGAUGACAGCGGCGUCGCCGCCAGACUCCUGGAAGUUUUGAGAACGCCCGUGCUCCUCAUGCUCAAGGUGACGAUGCCGGAGAUUGGGAAGCCGCUUUCCAGGCAGUCGCGAUGGGCAGUGUCUCUGCUGCCAAUCACGUCGCCACUUUUCUUCGCCGCGGUGGCGCGGUUCCUGAAUGAUAAGUUGAUCACACAUCCUGGGGUGUGGUUCGGGGUGGCGUGCGGUAGCGUUGGAUCCGUCGCGCUUUACCUCUCGUGGCCCGCAAUCGUCGGUGCGUCGGCGCCGCUUGGCAUCGCCGAACGGUUUCAAAAGUUUCUGACGGUGAUCACCUUCGUCCAGGCGGUGACAUGGAUGGACGCCGCCGCGGGAGAGCUCGUGGCGCUGUUCGGAGCCAUCGGACGAAUCAGCGGCGCGAGCGAGGCCUUGCUUGGAGCCACAGUUUUUGCGUGGGGCAUCAGCAUUGGCGACCUGGUCUCAGACACCACUGUCGCGCGGCGGGGGAUGGCCAAGACUGCCAUCGCCGCUUGCUUUGGGGGACCCCUCUUCAACCUGCUCGUCGGGCUCGUCGGAUCGAUGGUCUUCGCGACGGUAAGUCGGGGAGUCAUCUCUGGCAUUAAACUGGAGAACGAGAUAAUACUGCUAGCGUCCUGUCAGCUCCUCGCAGUGACCUACCUGAUUGUUGGGAUUCCUUUUGUGCACAAGGGACGAGUGAGCCGCGUCGCCGCUACCGGGAUGCUCGGUUUCUACGUCGUCACGCAGGUGCUUAUCGCGCUGACAAGCGGUCAGGUUAUUUUCAAAGACCCCUGGAUGUGA